GUCAUUUGGAAAUUUUCAAAAUUUAUCCUUUCCAUUUUCUUUCACUUUUCUCUUCAUCUUUGUUAAAAAUCUGUAGGAAUUCCAUUUGCUUUUAAGGGUUAAACCUUGUGAUAACAGUAAUAUGUGAUCGCAUGCAAGGAUAAGCAGGUUUUCAAGUUUUUAGCAAUAGAUAUCACUCCAGUCCAAGAAGUAAAACAUGUGUAUUGUCUUCUUGAGUUAUAAUGACAAUCCUGGCCCAGAUGGCUACAAGUUGAUCAUUGCUUCAAAUAGAGAUGAGUAUUAUGAGAGACCAACUGAAGUAGCAAAGUUUUGGGAAAAGAAUUCAAAUGUCAUUGCAGGCAUUGACUUGGUCCCCGGGAAAGAAGAUGGCACGUGGCUUGGAAUUACAAAAUGUGGUAAAUUUGGUGCCUUGACUAAUUACAGGCAAUCAGAUGAGUUCAUUUCACAAGACAUGAAAGGGAGAGGGUUCCUGGUUACCGACUAUUUGACUGGAGACCAGACAUGUGAGGAGUAUUUGACUGAAUUGUCAUCUAAUGGACAUCAAUACAAUGGCUUUAACUUGAUUCUGGGCAAGCUGUCUCUUGAGAAUGAGUCAAAAUUUGGAUAUUACUGCAACACAGAAGGAAAAGUGAUAAAACUCCUUACACCUGGCAUUCAUGUACUUUCCAAUAGAACAUUAAAUUUUCCUUGGCCAAAAGUCGUUUAUGGAAGAGAAAAAUUUGAAGAAAUAAUAUCAAAGAAUUCAGCAAAUAAAAGGGAUUUGAUUGAUGGUUUAAUGGGAUUGUUGAAUGAGAGAAGAAGGCAUUUUCCCAAUGAAGAUGACAGCUGUUACACUGGCCCACAGGAUGAGCUGCUCUCUGAUGCCUACAAAGAUGCCUGCAGGGCAAUAUUUGUUAAAUUUGAUGGACAAAGUUAUGGAACAAGAACAAACACAAUAAUCCUGGUUGAUGCCAAAGGUCAUGUGACUUACACUGAAAGAACCUUGAGUAAUGGUGCUACUGAUCCUGAUGAUGAUGCAGACUGGGUUGUCAACUGCCAUGAGUUUGAUAUUAUCGAACGCUAGAUUUAUACAAUAUUGCUAAAACUUUUGCUACACUCUUCAAAAUAUCCACAAUGCUUUUUGCAAGGUACAGUCCAUAUAAUACAGGAUAAUAGUUUACGUUAAUCUAAAGUUGUUUCAUAAAAGUCUACAGUCAUUUGUUAUUAAAAAUAUAGAGGAUAUUACAUGGCGAGCGAAGAUAUGUAUGUUAUUUACCGGCCAGGAGGUACGGAUAGGGAAAAACUGUGCCCGAGGUCUUGAAUAUACGGACGGACGCCAGGAGUGCCAGUCUGCUGUUGAUUUUACCGAUGAUGUGACUGAUGUGUACUUUCCAGGUUAGAUUUAGUAUAGCUUAGGACCUAGGAUUAGAACACAACCACAUCAGCUACGCUGUAUAUAACUUAUCGUGUAUAAAUAAAUAUUAUUAUUAUUAUUAUUAUUAUGUGUAGACCUAGUAGUUUAUGGCAUUCAGUUUGCUUGAUUUGAGAUGAGUCAAUAAAUAAGGGAUAUUUGUUU